GUCCACUUUUACCUCUUUUAUUUUAGUUUUAGUAAAUUUUUUUUAUGUCUGUAUUAAUUACUAGAGAGAUUUUUUAUUAUCUUUUUUAGCAGAGACACAAAGUGUAUUUUUUUCCCACUAAUUUGAAUAAAAGAAAUAAAUAUGAAAAGGAUGAACAGUGACAGCACAGUGCCACUUUGAAGUGUGAAAAGGUUGUAGACUUCUUAUUUCACUGUGAAGUGGUCAUGUACCAUAGUGAAUUUUGGUUAUUUUAUUGUAUUUAAUUUAUGAUUUGAUUUAUUAUUAUCAUUGGUCAAGAGAUGUACGUAGCAUUGUAAAUGACUAAAAGGUAAGAUGUUCCAUUCUCAAAUCUCAAUGUUUACGCUCUCAAAUAGUCAAAUGAUUUGUUAUAAUGUUUUAUAUAAAUUAAAUCAAAACAUAUUCUUUUAACAAUAAUUAACUUAAUCUCUCAAUAUUCCCUCUUUUUAAAAAUAACCCGUCAUUCUUAAUUUUUAAAAUUAAUUGUGUAUAUCUUCUUUAUUAUAUUAAAUAUAUUUUUUUUUACAACGUGUUACACAUAACAGGAUUACAACUUGAUUUGUAGUAGUACAAGAGAAAGAAAGAAGAGAAAAAUAGUAUGGAUUUCUGGAAGCUUUUUGUGAUUGCAUUGAUGCCAAAUCUGAAAGUACUGUUGAUUACUAUUGUUGGCACUUUCCUUGCAACUAAUCACUUUGACAUACUCAACGUAAAUGUCAGGAAAAACAUGAAUACUAUGGUAUAUUUUGUCUUUUCUCCUGCUCUUGUUUGUAGUAGCUUGGCUAGAACCAUUACUUUAAGGAGUAUGAUUAAGUUGUGGUUCAUGCCGGUGAGUAUUUUUCUGACAGUUGUUAUUGGGACAGCUCUAGGAUGGUUACUUGUUAAAAUAGCUAGAGUUCCCUAUCAUCUUCGAGGCCUUGUGAUGGGGUGUUGUGCUGUAGGAAAUCUGGGAAAUUUGCCUCUUAUCAUAAUUCCAGCUAUGUGUAAGGAAAGAAGCAGUCCAUUUGGAGAUGUGGAUGUUUGUUACAGAAACGGACUGGCAUAUGCUUCCUUGUCCUUGGCAUUUGGAUCCAUUUUGGUGUGGUCUUAUGCAUUCAACAUUGUGCGCAUAUAUUCAACUCAAGAAAGUUCUACUGCUAUCAAAGUUGAUGAUGAAUUCACAGUAAAUCCAACAUCUACAACAGAAACUGAUCCAGAAAGUUUUUCAAAAUGUUCCACACGAACAAUUGUUACAACUGAAGAUAGAUCACUCACUAACAAUUCGGUGAAUCAACUUGAAAUUGAAACUACAGUGCCAAAUGGACAAGGAGAGAAGGAAACGUUAUUGAAAUACCUAAAGAUAAAGUUAACGAAGUACCUACAAAUGUUAAGAAAAAGGAGCAACUUGAAGUUACUAUUUCCACCUACAUUGAUUGGAGCGAUUGUUGGUUUGAUAAUUGGCAUAGUCCCUCAGUUUCGAAAUUUAUUAGUAGGUGGAAGUGCUCUACUACAUGUUCUUCAAGACUCUCUAAUUAUGAUAGGGGAUGCGUGCGUUCCAAUAAUGACCAUGUUGGUUGGGGCCAAUCUUAUUGAAGGUUUAAAAGGAGAAAGAGUGCAACUUUCACAUAUUCUUGGCAUUAUUGCAGUUAGAAAUAUUGCCUUGCCUGCUAUAGGAGUAGCCAUUGUUAAGGGUGCUAUUCAUUUUGGCUUGAUCCAUGGAGAUCCACUAUAUCAAUUUCUUUUACUGCUUCAAUUUGCCCUUCCACCUGCAGUAGCUAUAAGUACAUCUACUCAAUUUUUCGGAAACGGGGAGGGUGAAUGCUCAAUUAUUAUGCUAGCAACUUAUUCAUGUGCUGCAGUGUCACUUACUCUUUGGUUCACAUUCUUCAUAUGGCUUGUAAUAUAGUUACAUUAUAUUGCCUCAUUGUCAAAGUACAUAAGAGCCAAGACUAUCUAUAUAUAGUUUACCUAUAUAUUAAAAUUGGUAAAAGGUGUAUAUAGAUCCCCAUAUAGUAGAAUGAAAGUGUGGAAAACAUAAUAUGUAACUUUAUGCUAUAAUUUGUUGUCGAGGGUUGAUGAAAGAAGGGUGUAAGUGAGAUAUAUAAUAUAUUUCGUAUACUAAAUAAAUAUUCUUCCUUAUUAUUAUUUUUCAUUA